AUGGCCCAUGUGGGAAGCCAAAGCUUUUCAAGGCAGCUUAUGAAGCUCAAAGAUCGCCACCGGAUUGCCCUCCAGAUUCGCAACCUCAAGUCCAGAGUUGAGGAAGUGAGUUGCAAAAACACAAGAUACAGCUUAAUCAAGAUGGAUGCCUCCAACACCAUUGCAGAGGUAGAUUCCUACAUUAAAGAUGUUCGCAAUCACUCAGCAAGCAAUAUCAAUGACACAGAUCUUGCGGGCUUUGAAAAGCCUAAGAAGAAGUUGAUUGAUCUGAUUGAUGCCAACACUAAAGAUGGCGCUGCUAAGGUCAUAUGUGUAGUUGGAAUGGGUGGUCUAGGCAAGACUACUCUUAUAAAGAAGGCCUAUGAAUCAAAGGAAGAUAUAGCAAAGAAUUUCUCUUGUUGUGCUUGGAUAACAGUCUCACAGUCGUUUUUCAAGUCAGAGCUGGUCAAAGAUAUUAUCAGGCAGCUACUGGGAGUUGAUUCAUUGAAGAAAUGCUUAGAGGAACUUGCUGGGAAAGUUCUGAAAGUUGAAGAUCUCGCAAAGUACCUCAGAGAAGAGCUCAGUGAAAAGAGGUACUUUAUUGUUCUUGAUGAUAUGUGGCACAUACAUGAUUGGAAUUGGAUUUAUAGUAUUAUCAUUCCUCAUAAUAAUAAUAAAGGUAGUCGGAUAAUAGUAACAACACGAGAUGCUGGGUUAGCUAAGGAGUGCACUUCUGAGCCAUUUAUCUACCACCAUCAACCCCUACAAACUAGUGAUGCCAUAGAUCUGCUACUCAGAAAGAGUGGAAAAAGACAGCAAGACAUCGAAAAAGAUAAGAACAUAGUUAAACAGCUAGUUAAGAAGUGUGGCCGGGUACCUCUGGCUAUACUCACAAUUGGGGGCAUCCUUAGCACUAAAAAAGUAGUCGAGUGGAGACAAUUUUAUAAUCAGCUUCCAUCAGAGCUUGAGAACAACCCAAGCCUCGAGGCAGUGAGGAGGAUGGUGACCCUAAGCUAUAACCACUUGCCAUCUCAUCUUAAGCCAUGCUUUCUUUAUCUAAGCAUCUUCCCCGAGGACUUCGUAAUCCAAAUAAGAUGUCUGGUAGAAAGAUGGAUAGCAGAGGGUUUGGUUAAAGGUAGGGUGGGUUUGAGAAUUGAGGAUGUCGGUAAAGGCUAUGUUAUUGAGUUAAUAACAUAG